AUGUCGAAACAUCUUGCCAAAACUAUGAAAGCUGUUGGCUUUUACAAGUAUCUGCCUAUAUCUGAUGUGAACAGCCUCAUGGAUAUAGUAGUAGGUAUUCCAGUUCCAAAAGCGAAUGAAGUUCUAGUUGAAGUUAAAGCUACAGCUAUAAAUCCAAUUGACACAAAGCUAAGAGCUACUAAAUCUCAAAUUGAAACAGAGGCAAGGAUUUUGGGAUUUGAUGGAUCUGGAAUUAUCACGGCCAAGGGAGACGCGGUCAAGACACUUCAACCAGGAGAUCAUGUAUUCUUUACUGGCGAUUUAAGAAGGAACGGUUCCAAUGCACAGUAUGUAGUACUAGAUGAAGUACAUGUUGCUCAUAAACCUACCAACCUUUCAUUCGAGCAAGCAGCUGCUAUGCCUUUGACUUCAGUGACUGCUUAUGAAUCUUUAUUUGACCGAUUAUUAAUUAAUGAAAAGGAUAAAGGGAAGACGAUUUUAAUUAUUAAUAGUGCUGGCGGAGUCGGUUCUAUUGCAAGCCAAUUAGCCAAUGCCUACGGUUUGAAAGUUAUUGGUACAGCUUCCAGACCUGAAAGUGUGGACUUUUCAAAAGCACAUGGUGCACAUUUUGUUGUUAAUCAUAAACAAGAUUUGGAGCAACAGUUAAAGGAAAAUGGGUUUAGUGAAGUUGAUUUUAUUCUUGUUAACUAUGACCCAUACAAGUACUGGGAUAGCUUAAUGAGGAUUAUAAAACCUCAGGGCCGUAUUUGCCUUGUUGUGGACAGCAGUGGUUUGGUUGACUUAAAACCUCUAAAAGCAAAGAGCAUCACUUUGGUAUCAGAAAUGAUGAGCACUCGUAUAGUGUAUAAUACAGAUGAUAAGUAUAGACAUACUGAAAUUCUGGAAGAGGUUUCGAGGAUGCUUGAUAGCGGAGAACUCAAAUCUACAUUGACCAAAGUUAUAACACCAAUUAAAGCUGACACAUUACGUGAAGCCCAUAGACUGAUUGAAUCACAAAAAAUGAUAGGAAAGAUUGUACUGUCUGGAUUUUGA